CGUUAAGAUUGCUACAUCAAGGGGCUACGAACCGGAUGGUUAGGUAUAGGGGAUAGCGGAUGGACUCGGUUGGACUCGCGAACUCAACCUUAGCCCUCCCCGGAUUACAUCCAGAGGGCCCUUUCGCGAUUUUCAGCUGUUCACGGACGCAUCUCUUGCGAGAGCUCUUUAACCGAUGGCCUGACUAUCCGUCCCGGGGAGAGCCAUCUGAGAGAUAUCCCACCUGGUGUGCUGCCUGUUCGGCGGGGUCGGGCGAUGGGCGCUCGGCGUUCCAGCCCAACUAAGUGAGUGUCAUCCGGACCGGACGGAAUCAUGAAGUUCAGGCCGGGGGGAUCCAGAAAAGAAAGCGGUUGAGCCGGGCUGGAACCGACUGGUCUCUCUGCUUGAUCGCCAUGGACAUGAACGACACUCCCGUGAGUCAGUAAGUGGGAUUGGCCCAGGGUGAAAGGGCAUCCUAGUAGAGUAUAUAUGCUACAUGCCUAUAUUAUGCCAACGUGGGUGUGAGUUAGUCAGUGUGAAGUGUGAAGCGGUGCCGGUGUGACUGAAGGCGAGCGAGUGAGUUCGAGGCAGAGGGAGGAGAGUGUGACGUCGAACCUUUCGAUUUGCGCCAGGAACGACUGACUCCGCGGUCCAUUCAGUUCCUGCCUCCUGCUGCAUGUAUGGAGGACGGACUAACUGAGAGUCUGUCUUUUAGUCUGUUCGUCUGUUCGUCUUUCUGUGUGUCUGUGUGGCCGCGAGACCAGAACAGGGGAGAAGAAGCACAAGCAGAAGCCGAAGAAGAAGAAGAAGAAGAGGAACAAGAAGAGCAAGUUCCUCACACAGAGGGAAGGAUCCCAUUUGAAAACCUCAUCCUCAUCCUCAUCAUCAUCAGCAUCAGCAUCAUCUCUGUUCCUGGGUGGGAUUGCCAAUUCAGGGCCAUCGCCGCACUCACCGGCUUUAUCGUCGUCAUCCUUAUUCAUUCGCUCACUCACUGGAUCUGACUGACUGGCAGCCAAUUCGAACUCCGCCCCUUGGACCGCCCCUUGGAUCACUCGUUGGACCGCCCGAUCGAUUUCGCGUCCGAUUUCGUGUCCGUGAGUCAAGAUGAGUAGUGGUGGGCGUGGGCGGGGACAAGGCGUGGGCGAUGAGGCCAGUGUGGCCCGGGGCGGGUAUUGGGCCUUGCGCCCGCCGCCCCAUCCGGUCUUGGACCAACUCAGCGACACCAUGGAGAACUUGAUGGAGGACCCGUCCUCGUUGGCCGCCACCAUCGGCGUGGGCCUCAUUCAGACCGUGGUGUUCAUGUACGACUUUCUCACCUACCCGCUCUACUACGCCGUGCAAGCCCCGUGGCAACGGGUGCGGGCCGGGCAACGCGUGCGGGCCCACAUCGCCCACCGCUCCGAGGCCGAGAUCCACGUGCGACCCGUGGAAAAGACCUGCCCCUCGUUGGAGGUGUUUCAACGGGCCGGGAUCCGCACCAUGUUGGAGUGCUUCGAGUUCGCCGUGGCCAGCCAUUCGCACAAGCGCAUGGUGGGCACGCGCAAACUCAUCCGGGAAACCGACGAGGAGCAGCCCAACGGCAAGAUGUUCAAAAAGUGGGAAAUGGGCGACUACGAGUGGAAGUCCUACGUGGAGGUGGAUCAGAUCUCGUCCCAGUUCGGCAAAGGCUUGCGCGAGAUGGGCUUGCGGCCCCGCGACAACAUCGCCAUCUUCGCCGAAACCAAAGCCGAGUGGCUCAUGUGCGCCAUGGGCUGCUUUAAGCACAACUUCCCCCUGGUCACGUUGUACGCCAAUUUGGGCGAGGAAGCCAUCUCGCACGGUCUCAACCAGACCGAGGUGACCCACGUCAUCACCACCCACGACCUCCUGCCCAAGUUCAAGCACGUGUUGGCCCAAACGCCCACCGUCCAAUGUGUCAUCUUCAUGGAGGACCAACUCCACCCCACGGACCGCUCCGGCUACAAGUCCGGCGUCGAGAUUGUCAGCUUCACCGAGGUCUGUCAGAAGGGCCGCCAUUCCACGGCCCAGGGUUCGCGACCCACCCAGGACGAUCCGGCCAUUAUUAUGUACACCAGCGGCUCGACCGGCGUGCCCAAGGGCGUCAUUCUGCCGCACGAGGCUCUCAUCACCACCAUCAAGGCGUUCCACUUUGUGGUCGAGCCGCCGCGGGACAACGACAUCUAUCUGGGCUACUUGCCGUUGGCCCACAUCCUGGAGAUCACGUCGGAGAUGACCAUGUUCGUGCAGGGUAUCCCCGUGGGGUAUUCCUCGCCCAACACCAUGAUCGACGCCUCCACCAAGAUCAAGAAGGGCGACCGAGGCGAUUGCUCGGUCCUGUCGCCCUCCCUCAUGUGCGCCGUGCCGCUCGUGAUUGACCGCAUUUACAAGGGCAUUCACGCCAAGAUCAAUGCCAAGGGCGUGUUCUUCAAGAAGCUCAUGGAUUUCUUCUUCCGAUACAAGUCCUACUAUCAUCAGAAGGGUCUCCGCACGCCCAUUUUGGAUGCCGUGGUGUUUAAGAAGUUCCGUGCGCUAGUCGGCGGGCGGAUCCGUUUGAUGUUGUCGGGUGGCGCCCCCCUAGCCCCCGAUACACACGACAUGGUCCGCAACGCCUUCUCUUUGCCGCUAGUGGGCGGGUACGGGCUGACCGAAACCUGCGCGUGCGCUACAAUCAUGGACAGUGACGAAUUAUCCACCGGCCGAGUCGGACCGCCUCUUCAAGGCGUGGAACUCAAACUCAUCAAUUGGGAAGAGGGAAACUACACGGUUAAAGACACACCCCGCCCUCGAGGCGAAAUCGUGAUUGGCGGAGGCAACGUGGCCACAGGUUACUACAAAAUGGAGGAGAAGACGAAAGAGGAGUUCUACAAGGAUGAGAAUGGACGGCGUUGGUUCAAGACCGGUGACAUUGGCGAGUAUUGGGAUGAUGGCACCCUCAAAAUUGUGGACCGCAAGAAAGACUUGGUCAAGUUGCAAUACGGCGAGUACGUGUCCCUGGGCAAGGUUGAGUCCAUUCUCAAGACCUGUCCCCUAGUCGAAAAUAUCUGCAUCUAUGGCGAAUCCUCGGAGACCUUCUGCGUGGCCAUCCUUGUCCCCGACCGAAACAAGGUCACCACAUUGGCCGAAUCGCUCGAUUUGGACGUGUCCGGCGAAUUUGAGAAUCUUUGUCAGGACAAGAAGCUAGUGAAUGAGAUCCUCAAGCAGAUCUGCACCCACGGUAAGAAGGCGGGUCUGGAGCGAUUUGAGCUGCCCGGAGCGCUCACAUUGACCUCGGAGCUUUGGACACCCGAGAGCGGUCUGGUCACGGCGGCCUUCAAGUUGCGUCGCAAGCCCAUCAAGGACUACUACCAGAAGGAACUCAAGGAGAUGUACAGUCAUCAAUAGAGAUGUGGCCAGCCAAGAGCCACUCGAGGCCAAUCACCCACCCACAUCCUCGCCAUCCCUCGAGCACAUCACGGUCAAACCUUUUAGAAGCCCGUUCGUUUUCCUCACUAGCGUGAUGAUCUCACAAGUAUUGAUUCUCUUUUACCGUUUCGUUCCGUAGAUCUUGUUCGUCCCUUCUCGUGUUACAUGCACUUUUUCAGAGCGACGUAGCUAGAGCCUGUCUCUCUCUCUCUCUCUUCUUCAUUCAUCAACGCCAUCAAAUCCCAGUUGAUCACCCAAAUCAAGCAUAUUCAUUCAUCAAGAAAGACCGGGGUCGGCGUCGUCAUCAUCGUCGUCGUUGUUGUUGCAUCCCGGCUUCUUCGAUAUUAAAGUAGCUCUCUUGAAGUCGAAACCUUUUCUCGCUCGGUCGGUCCUCAAUACUACUUGUACUCUUACUCUUACUUCGAUUAACUUAAUAUGAUUAUGAUGAAUCAUCGCUCAUUCACCGAGUCAAAAGCAAGCAAACAAACGAAACACGUACUACAUCCGAGCUCCUCUAGCUGGCACUGUUUUCUGUUGUCGUCAUAUUAGUGAUUGCUGUUAUUCCUGGCCCAGAAAAAUCCAUUUCCUCCUAGAAAUACAUAAAUACCAUCUUUCGAUUGAUUU